UCGAGGUGGCUUGUGUCAAUCACGUGUUUCCAUCAUGGCAGAAUUGCGCACAAACACUAGCACGAAAAAGCGAGCUAUCGGUCUUAUACUGGCUCGAGGAGGUUCGAAAGGAAUCAAGCUGAAGAACAUCAAACUUCUGGCUGGACGACCUCUCCUCUACUGGACGUUUCACGCCCUCCGAGAUUCCGGAAUCGUUGAUGAUAUUUGGGUGUCUACUGAUCAUGAUGAGAUCGAUCGUGUGGCACGAGAGGCUGGAGCUCUUAUUCAUCGACGUGGUGCAGAAGUGUCAAAAGACAGUAGCACAUCAGUGCAGGCAAUACUUGAAUUUUUGGAGAUCCAGAAACCAAACUGCGAUAUUAUCGUUCAUUCUCAAAUAACUUGCCCGUGUAUCAAACCGACUCACUUCCAAGAAAUAAUGAAGAUGUAUGAAAGUGGCAACUACGACUCAAUAUUUAGUGUUGUUCGUCUCCGUUUAUUUCGCUGGCAGGAAGACACUGCUGCAGGAGGCACUGUAUUGCCACUCAACGUUGAUCCAUACAAUCGACCUCAACGGAAACGAUGGAACGGCGAGUUGUAUGAAAAUGGAGCUGUUUACGUCACUCGCAAAGAUCUUCUCGAGAAUCAUGGCAUACUACAAGGAGGCAAGGUUGGAUGUUACGAAAUGGAGCCACACUUGUUUGUGGACAUUGAUGUUCCCGAUGAUUGGCCAAUUGCUGAGGAUCGAGUACGUAAAUAUGGCUACAACCCGAAAACAGCAGAUCAAAAAAUUGUUAUCAAGCUGCUUGUUAGUGAUGCUGAUGGUACGCUGACUAAUGGUCAAGCGUAUGUUUCUAGUAAUGGACGCGAAAGCCGCUCGUAUAGUAGUGUGGACUUGACUGCUGUUAGGAAAAUUAAGCAGUUGGGUGUGGAAGUGCGUAUCGUGACCACCAGCAAAGCAGGUGCUCAUGUGCAUUGGGCAAAGCAGGCGGAUUGUCCUAUUGCUACAGGAACGAUUGACAAGCUGGCUAAAGUUGAUGAAUGGAGGAAGGAGAUGAGCUUGGAAUGGUCACAGGUGGCCUACAUUGGAGAUGAUUUUUUUGAUUUGGAAUGCAUUAAAAAGGCAGGAGUAAGUGGUGCUCCAGCCAAUGCGUCUCGAGAAAUCCAGCAACAUGCUGAUUACAUCACCUCAUCUACUGGUGGCAAUGGUGCAGUAAGGGACUUUUGCAAGUAUCUAAUGGAAACUUGCUGCUCUCAACAGAGUCAGUGACUAACCAUUAAAAACGAGAAAGACAUAUGAUUGAAGUUGUAGCAAGACAACGUAGAUAUGUCAUUUGAGCAACUAGUACAGUGUACUUUUUAUUCAAUGGAACCAAGGGUCAAAUAGUACA